AUGGUGGAGCUUACUCCAGAGGUCCAACAACAGCCACACAACGGCUAUGGAUAUAGACAGGAGGACAUUAUCGACAAAGAAAAGAGAAGAAAAUUCGAUCGCUGGGACAUCAGUUUUAUGCGCCUGACAUUUCGACAUCCGUCGUGGAUGCUUCAUCAGAGACAUGAACAGAAAGCGGUAGCGGAAGCGGGUCCAUCAUUUCUGACGGCUGUCUACGAAAGUGAAACCCCGCGAGAACACAUUGUAAGCCUGGAGCCCUAUCAGGCAGUGUCUUGUGAUGGGGAGGCCAAAACGUCCACAGCUGAACUGGAUGCCACGUUUGAAAUUAAAUCCUAUGACAUUUUACCGAGUGGCAGGAGUGAGAUUCCGAUUGAGGGGGUCAGAUUCACAAAGGUGGAGAACGCAAAUUCACAGAUGCCCGGCGGCAUGUACCGCGUGGAGAAUCUCUUGCCCGGAAGAGAAUAUGAACUUAAGGGAGCCAUCAAGUAUCCAAGUGCGCUGGAAGACGAGAUGUCAAAGGAGAUCUUCUUUAUCACCCCGGACGGUAACCUCCUUGUACACUUAAUUCCCAUUUAUAAGCUGAGCCUGCAUUGGUGGCAUACAGUAACACGGAUGCUCCCAUCAUGUAAUGCAGGCGGCUUAACGCAAUAUUCCAUGGAAUAUGAAUAUUUCCCUAUCCCAGAACCAUCAUCAAGCCUAGCCCAGACCUUAUAUUUAACCCUUAUCUCAAACCGAAUGCUACCUUUAUCACUAACCAUAAAAUUACGCUACUCAGUUGUUAAACAGCCAACGAUCUCCGAAAGAUUUGAACCUACGAUAGACAUGAAAAGGUUUCUUCCACAGCCAACGUUCUAA